AUGUCUUCCCUCAACACUGAGGAUACCCCGCAAGAGCCCUCGCCCUCGCCCUCAAGCUCCACAAAGAAAAAGAAGAAAAGAAAGUGGCCACAGCAAGAGGCUAGCCUCCACGCCUUCACCAGGGCUGGCCACAGGGCCCUGCUGGCUGGCCGGAACCACGAGGCCUUGACCAGCUUCCAGAGGGCCUUCCUCCUGGCUUCCAAGUCACCACAAACCAGGCACACCCCUGUUCUUCGGGCCUGUGCUUUCAACCUGGGGGCUGCCUACGUGGAGACUGGGGACCCAGCCAGAGGCCUUGAGCUGCUCCUACGAGCCCAACCUCAAGAGACGGCCCAGGGCGGGUGUCAUGGCGACCAGUGUUUCAAUGUGGCUUUGGCCUACCAUGCCCUGGGCGACCUGCCUCAAGCUUUGGCCUGGUACCACAAAGCCCUAGGCCACUACCAGCCACCAGGUGACCAGGGGCAAGCCCAGGCGAAAAUGGGAGCCUGCUACCAGGCUCUGGGACAGCCUGAGCUAGCAGCCCACUGCCUGCAGGAAGCGAGCCAGGCCUACGCCCAAGCAGGGCAGCCCCGGGCUGCAGCCCUGGCACUGGGGGCUGCAGCGGGGUGUAUGCUGAAGAGUGGGCUGCAUGGAGCGGGUGAAGUGGUGCAGGUGCUGGAGGAGAGCCGGAGGCUUGCUGAGAGGAGCACUGAGCAGGGACUGCUGGGGCAACUCUAUAAUGACCUAGGCCUGGGCUACUCCCAGCUCCAGCUGUUCCCGCUAGCAGCAGAGGCCUUCCGCCAAGCCCUGCCUCUGUGCCGGGGGCCAGGAGAGGAGGCCACGGUGCUAAGAAACCUUGGGAUGGCCCACAACGCCCUCGGCAACUAUCGGGAAGCCUGGGAGUUUCACCAGAAGGCUGCCGACCUGCACGGCUCUGUGGGGCAGCGGUGGGAGCAGGGCCGGAGCUUUGGCAGCCUGGCAUUUGCACUGAGCCAGCUGGGGGACCACAACGCCGCCAGAGACAACUACCUACACGCUCUGCAGGCUGCCCGGGACACUGGGGACGUGAAGGGGCAGUGGCAGGCCUGUGAGGGUCUGGGGGCUGCUGCAGCCAGACUGGGGCAGCAUGACCAGGCUUUGAAGUAUUAUAAGGAAGCGCUGGCCCGAUGUCAGAAGGAGCCAGAUUCUGUGCGAGAGCGGCUGGUGGCCAAGCUGACAGACGCCAUAAGGACACACGUGGCCCGGGGUGGGCCGCUCCCGACUCACACACUGACCUCAGCUCCAGGGGGGCCCCAGGCUCCAGGUGGGGCCUGCCCAGCGGUGAGGACCCCAGCCAGGGUGGGAAAAAGCACAGCAGGAGUGCAGCACGGAUCUUCGGGUGGGUGGGAAGACGAGUUAGAGGAGGGCCACGAGGAGAAAGAGGAAGAGUCGGCGAAUGUUCCCACGACGUCUUGGCCACCAAGACUGGAGCUGUGUUUUCUCCCAGGCACCAGUGACACUGGUGAAUCAUCCCCAAGCAGCCGGCCCAGGUUUGCCAAGCACCUGCCCUGUACAGUUGUCCCCUCUGUGUACAGUCCAAGACCCAGGGCCCAUCUUUCAUUUGGAGGCCAAGGCACUGUCAGAAUGGAGAACCCUGGACUUCUGGUGCCCAACAGCCCCCAAACCAAUAGGUCAUCCAAACAGCCCAGGGAAACCCCCAGCAGGAACCCUCAGAGGAGAUCCACUGAGUCUGGCUUCUGCAUGGUCAUGUGA